CCAGAGCCCUGGAAACAUGCUCCUGUGCCUGUCCCCGGCCUGGCUGAGCAGGGUGCCAGCCCCUGGACGGCCGGGCGAGGCGGUGCUGCAGAUCUCCAAGGCCGUGAGCUUCCACCCGGGUGGGCUGACAUUCCUGGAUGACUUUGUCCCCCCACGCCGUGCCACCUACUUCCUGGCGGGCCUGGCCCCCGGGUCCGGCUGGGCUCAGGAGGCCGCCGAGCUGGCCCGGGGCCUGAGCUGCCCCACGGGCGCCUCGGCCGAGCUGGCCCGGCUGCUGGAUGACCGGCUGCUGGCGAGGUGCUUGCUGGCCCAGCAGGACGGUGUGGUGGUGCCAGCGACCCUGGCUUUCACCUACAAGCCGCCCGCCCUGCUGCCGGGAGGCACUGCCAGCCCCAGGCUCCAGCUGGUGACACUGAGCGGCAAAGAGGGCCAGGAGACUCGGGUCCAGGAGGAAGUGGGUGCCUUCCUGCAAUCCGAGGCCCUGGGCCACGCCCUGCAGGUGGCCGUGAAGCUCAGUGGCUGGCGCUGGCGUGGGCGGCAACCCCUCCAUCUGUACUCCCGGGCAGAGCUGGGCACAAUAGUGGACACCGUGCUGGCCUUGCUGGAGAAGCUGGAGGAGGAGGAGAGUGUGCUGGUGGAGGCGCUCUGCCCCCCUGCCCGCCUGCCCUGCCCAGGCAGUCCCCCACCCGGCCCCGAACUGGCUGUGCGCAUCUGUGCUGUCGUGUGCCGGACCCAGGGUGACAGGCCCCUGCUGAGCAAGGUGGUGUGCAGCGUGGGCCGCCGCGAUCAGCCUCUACGACACCAUAACUCCUUGCCGCGGACGCUGGAGGUGGCCCUGGCGCAGUGUGGCCUGGGCGAGGCGGCACAGGUGGCGGCCCUGCGGCAGCGCGUCAAGGCGGCGGCCGAGGCGGCGCUGGCCGCUGUGCUGGCCCUGGAGGCCGGCCUGAGCGCUGAGCAGCGCGGCGGGCGCAGGGUCCACACCGACGUUCUCGGCGUGGACUUCGCGCUGACCGUGGCCGGCCGCUCGCUGACGCCCGUGGCCCUGGAGCUGAACCGAGGCCUGUGCCUGGAGGCGUGCGGCGCGCUCGAGGGGCUGUGGGCGGCGCCGCGGCCGGGCUCGGCGGCCGACGAGGCGGUGGCCGCGCCGCUCGUGGAGACCAUGCUGCGGCGCUCGGCGCGCUGCCUCAUGGAGGGGAAGCAGCUGCUGGUGGUCGGCGCGGGAGGCUUCAGCAAGAAGUUCGUGUGGGAGGCGGCUCGGGACUACGGGCUCAAGCUGCAUCUGGUGGAGUCCAAUCCCAACCACUUUGCAUCUGGGCUGGUGCAGACCUUCAUUCACUUUGACGUGACAGAGCACCGGAAGGACGAGGAGAAUGCCCGGCUGCUGGCGGAGCAGGUGCGGGCACGCGGCCUGCAGCUAGACGGGUGCUUCUCCUACUGGGAUGACUGUCUGGUGCUCACGGCCUUGCUCUGCCAGGAGCUGGGUCUGCCCAGCUGCCCCCCGGCUGCCAUGUGCCUGGCCAAACAGAAGAGUCGCACCCAGCUGCAUCUGUUGCGCCGCCGCGGCCCGCCCUGGCCCGCACCCUCCCUCCACGCAGUGCCCUGCUGCCCGCUGGAGAGCGAGGCUGACGUGGACAGGGCCGUUGGCCAGGUCCCCCUGCCAGGCGUCAUGAAGCUGGAGUUCGGCGCAGGUGCCGUGGGUGUGCGGUUGGUGGAGGACGCGUCCCAGUGCCACGAGCACUUCUCCCGGAUCGCCCGGGACCUGCGGGGGGAGGAGGACCACCCCGGCAUCGGGCUGGGCUGGGGCAACGCCAUGCUGCUGAUGGAGUUCGUCGAGGGCACCGAGCAUGACGUGGACCUGGUGGUGUUCGGCGGGCGGCUGCUGGCCGCCUUCGUGUCCGACAACGGCCCCACGCGGCUGCCGGGCUUCACGGAGACGGCGGCCCGCAUGCCCACCGGGCUGGCCCCCGAGCAGGAGGCGCAGCUGGUGCAGGCGGCCUUCCGCUGCUGCCUGGGCUGCGGGCUGCUGGACGGGGUCUUCAACGUGGAGCUCAAGCUGACCGGGGCCGGCCCGCGGCUCAUCGAGAUCAACCCCCGCAUGGGCGGUUUCUACCUGCGCGACUGGAUCCUGGAGCUCUACGGCGUGGACCUGCUGCUAGCCGCCGCUAUGGUGGCCUGCGGCCUGCGGCCUGCCGUGCCCACGCGCCCGCGUGCCCGCGGCCACCUGGUGGGUGUCAUGUGUGUGGUGUCGCAGCACCUGCAGGCCCUGCGUUCCAGCGCCAGCCGGGAGAGCCUGCAGGCGCUGCACGACCGGGGCCUGCUGCGUCUCAACCUGCUGGAGGAGGCGCUGGUGCCCGGCCAGUACGAGGAGCCGUACUGCAGCGUGGCCUGCGCCGGGCCCAGCCCGGCCGAGGCGCGGCUCCGCCUGCUGGGACUCUGCCAGGGCCUGGGCAUCGACGGGCCCCACUACCCCGUUGCCCACUUCCUGUCCCACUUCCAGUAGUGGGUUGGGGGCGGGAGGCAGGCCGUGUG